AAAACAGUCUCUUGAAGGCUGGACUUCACAUGAGCCGAUUCUUUUCCUCUGAUGAAUAAAUGUAAACACUGGACUUCAAUUAAUUCUUGUAGAAUACGCAAUUUAAUUUCAAAUUAAUUGUAUACUUUGUAAUUAUUUGUAAUGUGAAUAUUCCAAGGCGGGUAUCAAACUAUAACCAAGGCCCAUUUAUUAAUGGGAUUCCCUUGGAGGCAAACUAUAUUUUUCUUGGUCAUUGUAAUAGCUAUAUUACAGGUUAUUCACAUAUCACUGUUGAGCCGACUUGAAGCAUUGAAAAAUGAGCGACGAAAACGCAAUGCAGCUUUCAAAUUUGAUAAAAUUGGUCAUGACAAUCCACUCGUUUAUUCAAUUAAAGAGAUCGAAAAGGAUCGUAAACUGCUUUUGGAUGCCGUAAAGGAAAGUUCCGUUCUUGAUGCUUUCGGUGAAAUGCAUAUCAUUAAUAACUGGAUCAAAGCUGAAUCUCUGGGAAAUCGCAAUCAUAUUCGCAAGGAUAUUACUUUGGUCACACAGUCUUCUUUAUCAGAGCUUUACAAUUUGCUGACCAUUAUUCAUCGAUGGAAAGGCUUAAUUUCAGUGGGCUUGUUCACAUUGACCAGAGAGCUAUCCAUUGCAAUCGAAAUCAUUUUGUCACUACGAAAAUGUUAUCCUAUGAUAAGAUACAACACUAGUUUCCAUUUAGUCUAUCCUCUUCUUGUGCCUCUGCCAGAUCUAAAUACACACUAUGAUCUGAUUCGUCUUCUGCCAUCAGAACCUUCAGCGCCGUCACUUUCAUCAUCUUCACGAGCCGAGUCUAUCGAAGAAAAUAUUUGUGCUCAACUGCCAAAAAUCAUGACCGCUUUGAACCCUGGUACUCUUAACUAUGAAAAUGAAGGAAUUCCAUUUCCAAAUAAUUUACUUCGAAAUGUUGCCAGGAGAAAUAGUUUAACUCAAUUUGUUUUCGUUAUCGAUAUUGAUCUGGUCCCCAAUAAUAAUCUCAAUUAUGAUUUUAUUGAAUUUGCGAAGGAAAAUCGUUUAUUUGAAGAAGAAACCAAGGAUGAGAAAACCAUAUUUGUUGUGCCAUCAUACGAAAUCGAUUCUAGUCUUGUUCCUGAUCAUAUACCUAAAGAUAAAACUGAACUAAUGUUAGCAGUCAACUCAGGUUAUGUUCGGCCAUUUUAUUACGAGCUAUGCUGGAAGUGUCAAAAAUACACAGAUUAUGAAGCUUGGCAAAAGGAGCCAUUAUCACCAAAAUUAGACAUAUUAUUUGAGGUUUUCUGGCAUGAUCCCUGGGAACCGUUUUAUAUCUCUCGCAAUACUGUGCCAAUGUAUGAUGAAAGAUUUCGACAAUAUGGUUUCAAUAGAAUCAGUCAGGUUUGUGAACUUCAUAUGGCUGGAUAUCGAUUUUCAGUUUUGAAUAAUCCUUUUGUAAUUCAUAAAGGAAUGAAAAGGCCAGAUUCAUUUCACAAAGACAAAGAUUUGGAGCUGGAAAAAAAUCGUAUACUUUUUAGGCAUUUCAAAAAUGAACUCAAGGAUCGCUAUCGAACCUCGUCAAGGCGCUGUUAUUAAAUCAGUAAAAAAGCUUAUUUCAUCAUUCCCACUUUUUCCUGUGCCAUGUAAAUUGGAUUCACCAAAUGUUCAAACUUUCUUUUAUGGGCCAUAUCAAUAUUUCAUUUUGAGCAAUUUCAAAUUCCAUGAACAUAAUAAAUACCUGAUAUCAUGACUGCCUGCAUAUCAAUUUACUGAUUAAAUCACUAACUUUUUGCUUAAUAUCUUCAAGAAAUACGAAAUAUCAUUUAGAUUCACUUUUAUUGUUCGCAUUGUUGCAACAUGCCCUUCAACAUUCAUCUGUCAAAAUGUAAUUUAACUAACGAAAUACUCAUCGAGUGUCUAAUUAAUGUUUUUCCCCUUUACCGAUUGUUUUCGUCUUUUAUACUCCUAUUGUAACGAAUAUUUAUUUUUACCAAAUACAUUUCUAGAGUGUGCUAAUGAUCGCCCCAAUUUGCCAA